AUGGAGUCAUCGAUUGACUUCAGCGCGCUCAUUGUCAAGACCAACGUCAGCGGCAUCUUCAGAAUUAUUCCUUCUCUCGCUUUUGAGUAUUCUGGAGCACCACUGCUGUAUUUCGCCCUGAAGGUAGUCGAGCCUGGGUACCUGGGCAUCCUCAAUUGCAAGUAUAGACUUUGCUACGCUCUCGCUCCGGUCGACAAGAUGCCACAUCAUGAACAUAACAGACUCCAAGAGGAGGCAUCUAGACUCGGAUAUCGAGGUAGAAGAGGCAAGUCCUACCUGUAUCAAGGCCAUGAAUGGAUGCCAAUACCAGAAGACGACGAAAAAAACUAUUGGGAAUACAAUAAUGAGAAAAAAGAAAUAAAAAAAGAUGGUAAGGUCGUAGGUCAACGCAGUAUAGAAGUAUUUCCAUCUGAUGACUCAAAAGAUAAAAAUGAAGAAGAAAAACUUAUACCAAAUCCACUGGUGGCUGCCAAUGAAGAGGAACUUAAAGGAAGGUGCGAUAAAAUAGAACCUGAGCUAUGGAGUGACCCAAAGCCAAGAAAAGUUAUUGAUCCAGAUAAAAUACCAGUAACAAGUGACGAACUUAAUGAUGCAGAAAAAUAUUAUCUGGAAGAUACGCAGACUGUUGAACCACAACAACAAGAAAAUAAUUUAGCGAAACAAAAUGGCCCUUUAAAAGAAAUUAAACAAGAAUAUAAAAAUCAAAAUGAUGCUAAAGGGAGCCCAGGUUACACUGAAGAAUAUACAAUUAAACGGAAAAAUGAGGAUACUAAUACUAAUUCUAAAAAUACUGAUACUAAAGAUACUAAUACUGAAGAUACUAAUUCUAAAAAUACUAGUACUAAAGAUACUAAAAAGAAAAGUACUGAUCCUAAAAAGAAAAAGACUGAUCCUAAAAAGAAAAAUACUAAAACUAAAAAGAAAAAUAAAAAAACUAAAAAGGCUGAACAUGAUGACUGUGAAUCUUGUUAUGAGAUGAGAGCUGUUAGUGGUGACCACGACGCCGAUUUACCAGAAUUUGUGAAAAGUGGUACCACCAGCCACGUGAAAUCUUCUCAUCGCGAAAUCCAGUAUAAAGAUUCAAAGCUACCCGACAUUAAAGGCUAUAAGCCCGAAAAAGGAGUAAAUUAUUUUAAGUAUUAGAUUAUCUAGUUAAGCUUAAAAUAAAAUCUUAGGGUGUUUCUACACGGUGCAUGUAGCUGGAGCUAGUUAACAUACUCGAGUGGUAUCUUGCUUUGAUACAUGCUCGAGUCGCUAGAACUGCACGUUUUUAAAAUGCAUGUAACCUGCGCAUGUGCCUCAAUAUACGGAAGCUACUCGCACCGUGUAGACGCAUCCUUAGUUUCUUCUGUAAAACCUGAAAAUAACAAUUAUGGCAACG